CGAAACAUUGCCUCUCUUUUAUUUGUUUCGCUGCCUUCCACUUGCACCUAUCCUCACCUGCGGCUAUACUGUCCCGCGACAAUGUCUCCUGCAAAUCGCUGUCUGCCCGCCUUGAGGCGCAUCCGAAUCGCGAACAAGGCUUUUCAGCAACCAGCACACCUCCGAGCUGUAUACCAAGCGCCGUCAUUCCGAUGCUAUGCGCAAGCUACCACAACCGCCUCCAAUGCCGAACACAAUCCUCCCGAGUCACGAUCAGGUGUCAGCGAUCCCAAGAAGAUCAAGUAUACCACCGAUUCAUACCCGAACAUCAAACGAGACCCUCGCUUCAAGCAGAUCGACGAAGGCGACGUCAGGUUUUUCAAAGACGUGCUAGGAGUAGACAAUGCGAUCAUUGAUGGCGUUACUCAGGACUCUACGAGCGAUCUGGAAGCAUUCAAUGCGGACUGGAUGAGAAAAUAUCGGGGUCAGACGAGAUUGGUGCUGAAGCCAGGAUCGACCGAGGAAGUCAGCAAGAUUUUGAAAUACUGCAACGAUAACUUGAUCGCUGUCAACCCACAAGGAGGCAACACUGGUCUCGUGGGAGGGUCUGUACCGGUCUUCGACGAGAUCGUGAUCAAUUUGGCACGCAUGAACAAGAUCCGAGAUUUUGACGAUGUUUCUGGCAUUCUCGUUGCUGAUGCUGGUGUCGUACUGGAAGCUGCUGACAACCAUCUUGCUGAGCGUGGGCACAUUUUCCCUCUCGAUCUCGGUGCCAAGGGAACUUGCCAGCUUGGAGGCAACGUUGCGACUAACGCUGGAGGUCUGCGAUUACUACGAUACGGCAGCUUGCACGGGAAUGUACUUGGCUUGGAAGCAGUACUGCCAGAUGGCACAAUAGUCGAUGAUCUCGGAAAGCUUCGCAAGAACAACACUGGAUAUGACCUGAAACAGCUCUUCAUUGGAGGCGAAGGCACCAUUGGCAUUGUUACGGCAGUUUCAAUACUGACUCCGCAACGAUCGCCGGCGGUGAACGUGGCAUAUUUCGGUUUGGAGUCAUACGAAAAGGUGCAGGACGCUUUCAAAGAGGCCAAAAAGCAUCUUCAGGAGAUUCUAUCUGCAUUUGAAUUCAUGGACGGCAACUCACAGCAGAUCUACACCCGCGCCUCUGGGGGCAAGCUACCUCUCGAAGGCGAAUACCCCUUCUACUGUCUCAUCGAAACUUCCGGAUCCAACGCCGAUCACGAUCGCGAAAAGGUGGAGGCCUUCCUCGAGCACGUCAUGGGUGAGGAAAUUGUGGCAGAUGGCAUUCUCGCCGAGAAUGAGACACAAUCGCAAAACCUCUGGGCAUGUCGAGAAGGUGUCAGCGAAGCUUCACAACACUGGGGAGGUGUCUACAAGUACGACUUGUCAAUACCCCUGCCACAACUAUACGACCUUGUAGCAGAAGCGAGGCAAAGAUUCCAAGAUAGUGGGCUUAUGGAUCCUGAGGAUGACAGCAAGCCUGUGAUCGAUGUGAUUGGGUACGGUCAUAUGGGCGAUUCAAAUCUGCACUUAAACGUAUGUACGAGGAGAUACGACAAAGAGGUCGAGAAGGUGCUGGAGCCAUGGGUUUUUGAAUGGAUUCAACAACGAAAUGGUAGCAUUUCUGCCGAGCACGGGUUAGGACUCGCGAAGAAGGAGGCUAUCGGGUACAGCCGGAGUGAAACGAUGAUCAAGCUGAUGAAGCAAAUAAAGCAGCUUUACGACCCGAAUGGUAUUAUGAACCCGUACAAAUACAUAUAGAGCAAUACAGGCAUGGUCGUACACUAUAUCUACAUAAUCUCCUGACCACAGGUAUUCGCUCGCUCUUUCCAAAUAUCAAAGGGGUAUCUUGCGCAUAAUACAACCAAGCAAUUACAGUGAGACAUUUCUGGCCUCAAAACUCCAAUUCUUCAACCUCCAUUCCACAUUCAACACAAGCUU